AUGAUAAAUAGUACUCAUGGGAUGGGAGGACCUUAUGAUACACAUCUUGUUAAUCAUUUUACUUCUCAUUUUAAUAUGUUAUCUCUAAGGAUGUUCCUUCUUUUUCUUCUCACAUACAUUCAAAUUCAUUAUGCAUAUUCCAUUGAUCGCAAGACUUACAUUGUCUACAUGGGUGAUCAUCCCAAGGGCAUUGAUCCAGCCACUUUACCUUCUCUUCACACAACAAUGGCUCAAAAUGUCCUUGGCAGUGACUUUGAAUCAGGAGCUGUACUUCAUAGCUACAAGAAGAGCUUCAAUGGAUUCGUGGUAAAGUUGACACGAGAUGAAGCAAAAACAUUGGCCGAAAUGGACGAAGUGGUGUCUGUUUUUCCAAACACAAAGCAUUAUCUUUGCACAACAAAAUCGUGGGACUUCGUAGGUCUUCCACAAAAUAGCAAAAGAUUGAGUUUGGAGAGUGACAUGAUUGUUGGACUAUUGGAUACAGGCAUUUGGCCAGAGUCAAAGAGUUUCACUGAUGAAGGAUUUGGUCCACCACCUAAAAAAUGGAAGGGAUCAUGCCACAAUUUCACAUGCAACAAUAAAAUAAUUGGUGCACGAUACUCUAAUAUACAAGGUUCCUAUAGUGGAAAAGACAUCAAAGAUCCAACAGAUGUAAAUGGGCACGGAACACACUGUGCAUCCACAUUAGCCGGUAACAUGGUUAAUUCUGUAGAUGUAGAAGGGUAUGCCUCAGGUACAGCUCGUGGAGGAGUCCCCUCCGCACGUAUUGCUGUCUACAAAGUAUGUUGGGGGAAAACAGGUGUUUGCAAUGGUGCUGAUAUCCUUGCAGCGUUUGAUGAAGCAAUCGCUGAUGGCGUUGAUAUUCUCUCUAUUUCUAUUGGAAUUGAUCAAGUGCAUCCAUAUUUUGAAGAUCCGAUCAGCAUUGGCAGUUUUCAUGCAAUGAAAAGAGGUAUAUUUACAGCCAAUGCUGCUGGUAAUAAUGGCCCUGAUCUUUUCACCAUGACAAAUUUGGCACCUUGGUUACUUUCUGUUGCUGCUAGUACUUUUGGUAGAAAGUUUGUUACAAAGGUGAAAUUGGGAAAUGGUGCCAUUUAUGAGGGAUCCACAAUUAACACAUUUGAUCUCAAAAACAAAAUGUUUCCAAUAAUUUUUGCAAGAGAUAUACCUAAUACUGUGGGUGGAUUUAACAGUUCAGAAUCAAGACAUUGCUUCAAGGAUUCUGUAGAUAUGCACGCAGUAAAGGGGAAGAUAGUUUUAUGCGAGUGGGUUAAAGAUUCUUCAGAUGUGGAAUUUUUCUCAGGAGCUGUUGGUGUAAUAUUUGGAUUUGUUUAUACACAAGAUUUUGCAUCUAUAUAUGCCUUGCCAACCACGUUACUCGGUCUAUGGGAUUUUAGAGAAAUACAGUACUACAUAAAAUCAACAAAAAAUCCAAUUGCCACAAUAUUUAAGAGUGAAGAAGUUGAAGAUUCAUUGUCCCCUUAUGUAGCUUCGUUUUCAUCAAGAGGUCCAAACCCGAUAACACCAAAUAUUCUCAAGCCUGAUAUAGCUGCACCGGGAGUUAAUGUUAUAGCUGCAUGGACUCCACUCGACCCGAUUUCUGAAGUUGAAGAUGACAAAAGAAUAUUACCAUACAAUGUUAUCUCUGGAACUUCAAUGGCAUGUCCUCAUGCAGCCGGAGCAGCUGCAUACAUUAAAUCAUUUCACCCCAAUUGGUCUCCGGCCAUGAUCAAGUCUGCAUUGAUGACCACUGCUACACCAAUGAGUUCUACUUUAAGUCCCGAAGCUGAAUUCGCAUAUGGCGUUGGACAGAUAAAUCCUGUAAAGGCAACAAAUCCUGGUUUGGUAUAUGAUAUUAGAGAAUCAGACUACGCCAAUUUUUUGUGCGGAGAAGGGUACACAGAUAAACAACUACGAGUUCUUACUCAAGAUAAGAGUAACUGCAAAGUGAAAGCUAAUGAGAAAGCUGUAUACAACUUGAAUCUUCCAUCAUUUUCUCUUAAAAUGAACCUUACAUUUCUCGGUCAUGUUUACCAUAGAACGGUAACAAACGUGGGAUCAGCAACAUCUACUUAUAAAGCAAGAGUAAUAUCUCCAUCUUUGUUGGAAAUUCAAGUGAAACCUAAUGUUCUGUCUUUCACAUCUAUAGGACAGAAAAAAUCAUUCUCACUCAUAAUUGAAGGGAAAAUCAAUGUUGAAGUAAUGUCUGCUUCUUUGAUUUGGGAUGAUGGCAGUCAUCAGGUUAGAAGCCCAAUUGUUGUGUAUGGGAAGUACGCGUGA